AUGGUAGAAACUACAAGUAUUUUAUCUCAAUAUGGAAGUCUCGAAAAUUUAGAAAAAUAUUUUCAUGCACAUAUUAAUGGCUCAAUAAGUCCGGAAACACUUCAACAGUUAGUAGAACGAAAGAAAGAAAAGAAACCUCAUUUGGCACAAUUUAUAAUACCGAAAAGAAAAUUAGAUGUUAUUGAUGAUUUUUUUCCUAUUUUCAAUUUCAUUUACCAACUAACUGAUGAUGAAGAAUCAAUUGGUUAUAUUACUGAAUCUGUAAUACAUGACUUUAGAAAAGAUGGAGUUAAAUAUCUGGAAUUAAGGACAACGCCUCGAAAUGAUAAAAAUGGGAUGACCAAAGAAUCAUACGUAUGCGCCGUAACGUCUGUCAUUCAGAAAUUUUCAUAUUCAGAACAUGGAAUUAUUGUUAAGUUAAUACUUAGUGUAGAUCGUCGAAAUACUUUGGAGGAAGCUAUGGAAACUGUGAAUUUGGCUAUCAGAUAUAAGAAUAGAGGUAUUGUAGGUGUCGAUCUUUGUGGUGAUACUAGUAAAGGGCAUAUAGACAAUGUCAAACCCGCUUUCAUAAAAGCGAAGGAACACGGAUUGAAAGUUACAUUACACUUUGGCGAGGUUGAAGCAAACAUACCAGAACAUGCUUCGAUGCUUACGAUUCCUCCCGAUCGCCUUGGUCAUGCUACACAUCUUGACCCAGAGUCAAGGGAUUUUAUCUAUGCAAAAUAUAUUCCAAUAGAAAUUUGUAUGACUUCAAAUUUGCUAUGCAAUACGGUUAAAAAUUAUCAAGAGCAUCAUAUUCGAGAUUUUUUAUUAUUGAAUUAUCCAUGUUGUAUUUGUACUGAUGAUAAAGGCGUUUUCUUUUCGGAUCUUUCCAAUGAAUAUGUAAUUGCUGCUUCAACAUUUUCUUUGAAUCCAAAGAUUUUAUUCGAACUUUCAUUUCAAAGUAUUGAUUAUAUAUUUGGUUGUGAUGAUAUAAAGAUCCAAUUACGUAAGAUAUGGCACGACUGGUAUGAAUCAUAUAAGUUUGAGGCGAUAUAA